CCUGUCGCCGCGAUAUUCGGUAGAUUGACGAGGUCCUUCAUCAUUUACUUCCCCCGUCCAUCACCUACAUCAUCGCGUCUCCUUAUCCUCCUGCCUCUAUACUGUCUAUGGUGUAUCAUCCAGUUCUGAACAUGAACUCUAUCAAACGUAAAGAGAGCGAUGAGCACGACAUGCAAGUGGACACCGAACUUCCAGAAUCCAAGCAUCGAAAAUUGUCGAACGAAGAACUUCCGGAGGCCCUCGGAUUCAUUGCGGAUAAUUGCAUUCCCGUACAACAUUUGAAUCGCAUGCAGAGGGCGCAAAUUAGGUUGAUGCAUUACAAUGGGCUACCCAUCGAAGAGAUAUGCGGUAGGAUCCGUUGCUCCAAGCUCGCUGCCGAAUCUGCGAUAGCGAAUGACGAAGAGGAUCCGGACGACGUUGACGAAGACCCUAAGAACGUCCCUAUAGGGUUCACUGACGAGUACCCGCCGCCGCCGCCGAAACCGAAACCGGUGAAGGCCGAUAUCCCUAUCCCGAGCUCUAGUUCUCAAAUCAAUGGAUCGCGCUCUGGUCCGACAAAACCUUUUCCUGCUGUGGUAGGCAAUCGCCUCAAAAAGAAGGGCGCUGCAAAUGGCUUGAAUCGUCAUGAGAGGGCUGCUAUGCGUCUGCUGCGCGACAGGGGGUAUUCUCUAGAAGACGUCGCGGAUUUUAUCAACUGCAGUAGUGCCACUGUUCACAGAUUCGUCAAGAACGAAGACCACGCUGACAACGUGAGAGAAGACGCCUUGUGGGUCCACGACGAUAUCUACGAUAAGAUCGACGAGUUCCUCGCGAAUAAGCCAAGGCCGCUAGCAAGCGCCUCGGCACCCCCACAUACAUCCAGUAGUAGUCGUGGAGGACGUGGCGGUCGCGGUGGCCGUGGUCGUGGCAGAGGUCGUGGCCGCGGUCGCGGGCGCCCUGUCGGCACGUCCACUCGCUCGUAUGUUACCAAGAAGGAGGAGGAGGACUCCCCGAAGCGCAUCACCCGUCGUCGCGCCGCUAGCGACGCCAGCCAUAGACCGGAUUCCGACGACGAGGACGACGAGGAAGUCAUCACCGUCUCGAAGUCUACUAGAAGCCGGCGGUUGCUCAAGCCAAAGGUCGAGCAGAGGGCGGUCAACGGCGUACAUGCCCCAGCCGACGUCGAGACGUUCCUCCAGACGUGCGGCGUUGACCUGUCGCAUCUCAAACCCGUGCUCGAGGAAGCGGGCUUCAAGACGACCGAGCAUCUCCGCGUGCUUAUUAGCACACCUGCUAUCGCCGAGGGCUUCCUGAAGGAUCUCGUCGGCCAGCAGAAGAUCAGCCUCUUCGACAUGCAUGUCCUGAUUGCUGGGCUCAAGCAGCAAUAUGCGGAAUGAGUAUGUGGUAUGAUAUACGGAAUGUUCGUGGAAUUGGGUCUGUGGGUAUGCGUGUAACCUUAUGCUGUCCAUUAUUCUGUAUCUUAAACCCUGUAGCAUUGCAUGGGCGACUAAGAAUGGUAGGACUUGGUAGACUAGCUUGAUCGCGAGCUGUACGCUUGUACGCUUCUCGGUUAUCUCGUUCCUUCUGUGGCAUCCGGGUGACCUUCUAUAUAUGCUCUUCCGGCAUGUCGGAUAAUGC